UGUGAUUGCAGCAGUGUCAAUUGGCUAAUCUGCUGUCUAACAAAAACUAGAUCUAGCCACUGGAAGGCGUUUGCUUUUAAACUAGAUUUUUGGGGCGUUAAGUUAAGUGAGGAGAGGCUUCACAAAGGUUCUGAAGCGCUUUUGUAUUAUAGAGCUAUGCAGCUGGAGCAUUGCCUCUCUCCACCUAUCAUGCUCUCCAAGAAAUUUCUAAAUGUGAGCAGCAGUUAUCCAAACUCGGGCGGAUCUGAGCUUGCCUUACAGGAUCAUCCUAUUAUCUCCACCAGUGACAACCUGGAGAGAAGUUCACCUCUGAAAAAAAUUUCCAGGGGAAUGACGAAUCAGUCAGAGGCAGACAAUUUUCCUGACUCCAAGGACGCACCAGGGGACGUCCAGAGAAGCAAACUCUCUCCUGUGCUGGACGGGGUCUCUGAAAUUCGUCACAAUUUCGAUGGAUCUGCAGCAGAAAGGUAUCUUCUUUCUCAGUCCAGCCAACCUCAGCCUGCUGCCGCCGCUCCUAGUGCUAUGUUCCCCUAUCCUAGCCAACAUGGACCGACUCAUCCGGCUUUUUCCAUCGGAAGCCCAAGCCGAUACAUGGCGCAUCAUCCCGUGAUUACUAACGGAGCGUACAACAGCCUUCUGUCCAACACUUCUCCGCAAGGCUACCCGACUACUGGAUACCCUUACGCACAGCAAUAUGGACACACUUAUCAAGGGGGACCCUUCUACCAGUUCUCUUCGGCGCAGCCUGGGCUGGUCCCCGGCAAAGCCCAGGUCUACCUGUGCAACAGGGCGCUGUGGCUUAAGUUCCAUCGACAUCAAACGGAGAUGAUCAUCACGAAGCAAGGAAGACGGAUGUUCCCUUUUUUAAGUUUUAAUAUCUCUGGUCUGGACCCCACGGCGCAUUACAAUAUUUUUGUCGAUGUAAUACUGGCAGAUCCCAAUCACUGGAGAUUCCAAGGUGGAAAAUGGGUUCCAUGUGGCAAAGCGGACACAAAUGUGCAAGGAAACCGGGUGUACAUGCAUCCAGACUCUCCCAAUACUGGGGCACACUGGAUGAGACAAGAAAUAUCUUUUGGAAAAUUAAAACUCACAAACAACAAAGGAGCGUCAAACAACACGGGACAGAUGGUGGUUCUGCAGUCCUUGCACAAGUACCAGCCCCGGCUGCACGUAGUGGAGGUUAACGAGGACGGGACGGAGGACACGAGCCAGCCGGGAAGAGUGCAGACCUUCACCUUCCCUGAAACUCAGUUCAUCGCCGUGACCGCCUACCAAAACACCGAUAUCACACAAUUAAAGAUCGAUCACAAUCCAUUUGCAAAAGGAUUUCGGGAUAACUAUGACACAAUCUACACCGGUUGCGACAUCGACCGGCUUACCCCGUCUCCCAGCGACUCUCCGCGCUCCCAGAUCGUGCCGGGCGCCAGGUACGCGAUGCCCGGAUCUUUUCUGCAGGACCAGUUCGUCAGCAGCUACACCAAGUCCCGUUUUCACCCCGGUGCGAGUGCAGGACCCGGCACGGACCGCAGCGUCCCGCACACCAACGGCUUGCUCUCUCCGCAACAGGCCGAGGAAACGGCGGCGGCAUCCCCACAACGUUGGUUUGUCCCCCCAGCUAACAACCGUCUCGACUUCGCAGCCUCAGCCUACGACGCGGCGGCAGCAGCGGACUUCGCCGGCAACGCGGCCACCCUCCUCUCGUACGCCGCCGCUGGCGUCAAGGCGCUCCCGCUGCAGGCGGCCGGCUGCUCCGGCCGGGCGCUGGGUUACUACGCGGACCCGUCGGGAUGGGGGGCUCGCACGCCGCCCCAGUACUGCAGCAAAUCCAGCUCGGUGCUCUCGUGCUGGCCGCCCAACAGUGCCACCGGACGCACGGCCACCAGCAACUCGUACCUCGGAGCAGAGGACGGGGACAGCCUGGCGACCGAGCGCUCGCCGCUAGGGGGCACAGAAGAGAACAAACCCAAGGACCUGUCCGAAUCGAGCUGGAUUGAGACCCCUUCGUCCAUCAAGUCCAUCGACUCAAGCGACUCCGGCAUCUUCGAGCAGGCCAAACGCAGGCGGAUUUCGCCGUCUGGCACGCCUGUGUCCGAAACGGCAUCCCCCCUCAAAAGCGAAGUGCUGACCCCCCGGGACUGUGACAAAAACUGCGGGAAGGACAUCGGCUAUUACAGCUUCUACUCGCACAGCUAGAGAUGCGGUCAGCCAUAUCAAUUCGGGUAAUCACCUGAAGAGGGGACGAGGGUCACCUGGAAACUUCUCGUAUGGUCCAGAAGACUGCGAGCCGGGGACAACCAUGGCGGAGCGUAGACCUUGGAUUGCUCCUGUACAUAGAACCUGUAUGUAUAAACUCCGACUUUUUGGGUGCAUUUCGAUUUUAUUUUCAUUCUCUUUGCGGCUGCCAUUCGAAUUUGUCAAGUCACUUUAGACCAACCUUUUAGAUUUUAUGAACACUGGAGAAUGGGGAGAAAAAAUGUUCAAAAAUGGCGCGCAAAUAAAAACUGGCGAAAAGGCGCGAGGACUGUACCAUGUGGGGUUUUUUUUUUUGGUGUGGGGGGUAAUAAUCGGUGCGUCCAGUUUAUUUAGAUUUUGGGCCCUGGACUCUUCAGCACAGCACUAUGAUUUUUUUUUUUUUUUAUGCUGCUUACAGUACAUCCCAUCAAAUCUUCCCCAGCGAGGUGGCCUACUUUGACGCCAUUUGGCCAGAUUCUGACAUUUUUACACCACUGCAAAUCCUUUUCUUUUUCUUUCUUUAGGGGCUCGCUAAAGUAGAGCGUACUGUGCUUUUUAACUUGACACUUUUAGUAGUUCUUACUAAUUUGCAAUAAAGGCACCCCCAUCCUCCUUAUGUUUUUGGCUGCUUUCUGUGCCAACUGAAGGACUUAAUAUAAAAUGUACAAAGUGCCAAAAGUUUACAGGCCAGAUCAGGUGCCCAAGGUAAUUUCUUGCUUUAUUUUUACUUUUUUUUUUUGUAAAUUCUGUAAUUAUGUUAACUUUGCCGGUGUACAGAAAUGUGUAUCAGCUAGAUAUUGUGGGUCAGGUGCUGAAAGUAAAUGUGCAUAGAUUUGAAUCCUAUUUACUGUAUGGCAUUUUUGAGAUUUCAAAAUAUGUACAAGAAAUAAAAGGACUUGCUUCUGCCCGGCAGUCCUCUUAAAAUGCAGCAUUUAGUGUAGAUCAUUUGAUUUAAUUUGGGUUUUGUUAAACUAAUAUUAAGGUAACCUUUUUCUUGCCUUAGACUGACUUGUAGAACCUGAUGAAUUCUUUCUUUAAUUUGAC